AUGUUGGCCAAACGCUUCGAACAAGAUUUACCGAUGUUUGAACUACUUAGUAAAUCGAACGAUGAGAUUCUGGCUGCGAUUCGUGGAGAAAGCGCGGUUUCUGCCAGUUCACCUACUGGGAAUGAAGCUGCUCGAGAGGCUUUAGCGAGAACAUGCAGCCAAAUCGAAUCGCUCAAAGCCGAUCGAAACAGCCUAACCGACCAGAUGAAUGCCAUGAAACUCUCGGAGGACUUCUGUAAGUGCUUCCAACUCCCUCCCAGUUACUUACCUGCUACUGUGUUUGAUGCAUUCUUCAUCUCGGAUUACCUCCUGUGUUUGUGGUUCUUUAUGGGCAACUUUGAUCCUCUUAGAUGGGUUGCUGUUUGA